AUGAGCCUUCAAAGUGUCAAAAACGAUGUUCUUCGUGUUUUCUCACAAAAUGGGAAAGUUGGAGUUAUUAUAAUAGUUUUAGAAUUAGUAUUAGUAUUAUGUUACAAUUACGUUCCAAUAGUAAACAUUGCGAUGAACGCGAUGGCUUCUUUGAAGAUGAAAAUGUCAAUUAUUUACUCCAUGAUUUCAACAGGUCUUUUUAUGGGUGUUGUCCCAUGGUUAGUAGAUAUUUUCCAAGGCCACAUCAGACCAGCUCUGCGCGUUAGGACGGGCAUUUUCAUGUUUUUGUGUUAUGCCUUUGUUGGACUCCAAACAGAUAUCUUCUAUGGAUUGCAAAGCGCGUGGUUUGGAGACGAAGGUGUGCUUUCUGUAGUUGAGAAGAUGUUAAUAGACCAAUUAAUAUGGACGCCGCUCUAUAUGUCACAUUUUAACUACUGGGCCAACUUUAUAUAUAACACCGGCGUGACUUUACCAAAGUGCUCAACACAAAUCAUUAAAAAGUAUUUCCAACACGAUUGGCUUGUCGGACUCAUUGGGGGAUAUAUCAUAUGGGUACCUUCCUGUUGUGUCAUUUAUGCGAUGGAACCGGCACUCCAAUUGAUCAUGAUGAAUCUUGUUGGUGUUCUGUUCGUUGUCGUAAUGGCUACAAUCACUCGAGCUAAUGGAUUGGAAGAAUCAAGAACAUUUGAAUCGAUGGAUCAGUUUGAGUUGCCUUAG